UCUCUCUCUCUCUCUCUCUCACAUUCUGAGAUCUGUAGGGUAGAAGAUUCAUCCCGUUAGAUCUCUCUCUCUGGCAUACACAGUUUCGAUAGAUACAUUUAGAAAUGGGGGCGUAUAGAGCGGACGAUGAUUACGACUACUUGUUCAAGGUGGUUCUGAUCGGUGACUCAGGUGUCGGAAAAUCCAACCUUCUCUCCAGAUUCACGAGAAACGAGUUCAGCCUCGAGUCCAAAUCCACAAUUGGAGUCGAAUUCGCCACUCGCAGCAUUCGCGUCGACGACAAGGUCGUCAAGGCUCAGAUUUGGGACACAGCUGGUCAAGAACGAUACCGUGCAAUCACAAGUGCAUACUACCGAGGAGCUGUUGGCGCAUUGCUUGUGUAUGAUGUUACUCGACAUGUCACAUUUGAGAAUGUUGAGAGAUGGUUGAAGGAGCUCCGAGAUCAUACAGAUUCAAACAUUGUGAUCAUGCUUGUUGGAAACAAGGCAGAUUUACGUCACUUGCGUGCUGUUUCCACCGAGGAUGCCAAGGCAUUUGCUGAGAGGGAGAGCACUUUUUUUAUGGAAACAUCUGCUCUGGAGUCCAUGAAUGUGGAAAAUGCCUUCACCGAAGUGCUUACUCAGAUAUAUCGUGUUGUAAGCCGGAAAGCUCUUGACGUUGGUGAUGACCCUGCGGCUUUGCCCAAGGGACAAACCAUUAAUGUUGGCACCAAGGAUGACGUGUCAGCUGUGAAAAAGGUUGGUUGCUGUUCUGCUUAG